UCGUGCGGUUUGGAAGUUUGAAGAGGCGGAUCAAAGUUUACAAGUGUAAUUGGAUGGUACAACUGCGCUCGCCCCAACGGUCACACCGUAAAACAUAAUAUUGAAAGAAAACUGAAAAAUAUAGUAUAUUAUGAAUAUGAACAGAGAAUAGCUCUUUUAUACGUCUCUGAUAUUUUUUCGUGGAGGGAAAAAUUAAAUCGGGAUCGGGAUAUGAACACUACAUAAUAAACAACACCCGACUUCAAGACUCUGCGAAAUGGUUUCUUUCAAGAUUAAGUGCUUGCACACUGGACAGAAGAUAGAUUUUCAGGGAAGAAAACAACUUUAAUUACAAAUAUAGACACCAUGGGGAAACUUACGUUUUUUGUGAAUGGCAAGAAAAUUGAGGUGAAUGGUAAUGAUUUAGAAUAUGGAACAACACUGUUGUUUUAUCUCAGAAAUAGAUUGCACCUAACAGGAAGUAAGAAUGCCUGUGGACAGGGAGAGUGUGGAGCAUGCUCGGUUAUUUUGUCAAAUUUUGACCAUCAUUUGCAAAAAAUAAGACAUAUGACUGUGAAUGCUUGUAUCACUCCACUGUACUACUUACACGGAUGUGCUGUUACUACAGUGGAAGGUAUAGGUACGCCACGUGAUGGGUUACACCCAGUUCAGGAAAGUUUGGUAAAAAGCCAUGGUAUUCAAUGUGGAUUCUGCACUCCUGGAAUGGUUGUCUCCCUUUCUUGUUUACUGCGGAAUAAUCCAACACCUACCAAGUAUGAUGUGGAAAGAGCCAUCGAAGGAAAUUUGUGUAGAUGUACUGGAUAUCGUCCUAUUUUGGAUUCAAUGAAACCUUUUGUUGAUUGUCCUUUGGGAGAAAAUUGUUGCAAAUUGGAGACAAAGAAAUUGGAAGGUGAUGAAAAUAUCUCUGAAUACAAGACAAUAGAUUCUACACAGACUGUUAUUUUCCCUCCAGAACUAAAGAAAUGGAAACCUCCCAAUAACAAGCUUUUGCUAAGUUUUGGAUUGACCACUUGGAUUGUCCCAUUCAGUAUGGAACAUCUCAAAACAGCUUGGACAGAGAACCCAACAGCACGAUUUGUUGCUGGUGUCACAGCUCUGGGAAAAUUAAUAAAAGGAAGUGAAGAAAGGAGUUCUUGCUUUAUUAGUUGUCAUCAAGUUGGUGAUCUACAGAAAAUGUCCAUCAGCGAUACAGGUAUAGAUGUUAGGGCUGCUGUUACAUUCAGUGCAAUGGAGGAGUUCUUCACAAAGGCAAAAGAAACCAUCAAAGAGACCAACAGAUUACAAAUAUUGCAGUCUUUCUUGGAUUGUAUUCGAUGGCUUGCCACCGAUCAGAUACGUAAUGUUGCAACUAUUGGUGGUCACUUAGCUUGCCAGGGUAAUAAUCUAGACAUGAUCCCACUGUUAGUUGCCUUAGAUGCCACAGUUAAUUUAAUGGACAUCACUGGAACAAUACACAAAAUGACAGUAGAAAAGUAUUUGUCUGAUGAACAAAGAGUGAAGGAGCUUAUAUUGGAUAUCCACAUACCCUUCCAAAGUGAGUUCCAGAGUGUCAUGUUCUACAAACAACCAAAAAGACGAGGUUAUAAUGGGAUUGGUGUCAGUUGUGCUGUGGUAUUAGGUAUCACCCAGGAGGGAAUUGUGAGGCAUUUCACUGCUUGUUUUGGAGGAUUUACUCAACAUCUUGUAAAAGUAGUCCUUUCUGAUGAUUUGUUUGAUGCGGAGAGGACAUGGAAAAGUCUUUCAUUUGCUAAUCUAGAGUGUCUGCUAAGAAAAGGAUUUACUGAGGAAGAAGUAGAUGUGAAGGAAGAAUUACUGCUUCUUUCUCUUGGCUUCAUGAACAAAGUUCAAACUUCUAUAGAUGCACAAACCAAAGAAGAGAGACUCCCCAUCCAGACUCAACCAGAGCCAUGUAGGUCUAACAUUGUCUUUGAUAGUGCCCCAACUGAACAGCCACAGUCUGAUCCUGUGUGGAGGCCAAUCCCCCAAACUACUGCUGAGGAUUUGGUGUCAGGACAGGCCAUGUUCAUUGAUGACAUGCCAGCAUUCCAGAAUGAACUCUAUCUUUGUUUGGUCUUGAGCAAAAUGGCACGGGCAGAGCUUGUUAGUGUUGACUGGUCUGGUGCCAGGGAUUCUCCAGGGGUGGUGGAUUGUAUUGACCAUACAUCUGUCCCAGGCAGCAACAUGUGGGGAAUGAUAGUCAGCGAUGAGGAAUUAUUUGCAUCCAAAGAGGUAGUUUACUGGGGACAGCCAGUUGGUGCUGUGAUUGCCAAGACUAGAGAACAGGCUGAGCUUGGAGCACAAAAAGUCAGGAUUAAGUAUCAGGAGAUGAGACCCAUUUUAAGUAUUGAGGAUGCCAUUAAUUCUGAUUCAUUCUUUGAUGCAACAAUUUCAAGAUGUCGUGGAGAUGUUUCUAAGGGCUUUACAGACUCGGAUCAGCUCCUAGAGGGUUCUAUAUGCACUGGAGCUCAAGAACAAUUUUAUAUGGAGACUAUUGGAGCCAUUGGGGUGCCCAAAAGGGAACAACAUGAGCUGGAAAUGUUUGUUACUCACCAGUCCCCUGCCUUUAUUCAGAAAUCCAUAGCUGCAACUUUGGGAAUACCAAUCAACCGAGUAAUCGUUCGUCACAAAAGAACUGGUGGUGGGUUUGGAGGUAAGGAAACUCAACCAGUGAAGAUCUGCGCUCCAGUAGCCCUAGCCGCACAGAGGAACUGUUGCCCUGUCCGAGGUAUACUGACCAGGAAAGAGGAUCUGACCAUUACAGGAAAACGUCAUCCUUAUUUGUUCAAGUACAAGGUGGGAUUUUGUAAAGGUGGUAAAAUAGAAAGUCUGCAUGUUAAAGUUUACUCAGACGCCGGAUGUGCUCAAGAUUUAUCCCUAGAGGUUUUGGAAUGUACAGUGGACCACCUAGAGGGGUGUUACUCCAUACCAAAUGUCCAAAUUGAGGGUCGACUGUGUAGAACAAACACAAUAUCCAACACUUCAUGUCGUGGAUUCGGUGUUCCACAAGCAUAUGUUGCAAUGGAAACAAUAAUUGAUCACAUUGCACAUGCCCUGAACAUGCCUGCUAAACAGGUUCAGGAAGUUAAUUUCGCAAAGACUGGAUUUGUACCAUUUACCAAACUCCCAGUUGAGGACACAACCAUGCUGAAGGCAUGGCACCAAUGCCAGGAGCAGGCCCAGUACGCCAAAAAAGAAGCAGAAGUCGCUGCAUUUAAUGCAAAAUGUAAACACAGAAAGAGGGGCCUAGCAAUGAUGGCAGUCAGGUUUAAGAUUGGUUUUGAUCUCCCUUUUCUUAACCAGGGCAAUGCUUUAAUACAUGUAUACUUGGAUGGUUCUGUAAGUUUAUCACAUGGUGGGUGUGAGAUGGGACAAGGUCUGAACAUGAAACUUCUGCAGAUUGCCUCCAGAGCUCUUGGUAUACCUUUGAGUAAAAUCUACACAGCUGAGAACUCAACGCAGACGGUUGCCAAUGCUAACUCCACCAUGGGAAGCUGUACCACAGAUAUGAUGGGGGCUGCAGUGUUGAAUGCUUGUAAGGAAUUACUGGACAGACUCCAACCAUUCAAGGAAAAGAAACCAGAUGCAACUUGGGAAGCAAUAGUGAUGGAUGCCUAUGUUAACAGGAUUAGCUUAUCAGUAGUGGGUCAUGGAAGUCCUGGUGAUGGUGGAAUAUUGUACUACACUUUUGGUGCGGCCUGUUCCAUGGUGGAGAUAGACACUCUCUCAGGAGAACACCAGGUUCUAAGUACAGACAUUGUGAUGGAUGUUGGUAAAAGUUUAAAUCCUGGAAUUGAUGUUGGACAGAUAGAGGGAGCAUUCCUCCAAGGAUAUGGUAUGGUGACUUUAGAGGAAUGGAAAUUGAAUAGCAGUGGAGAAAUUGAAUGUACAGGUCCAAAUAACUAUAAUCUUCCAUAUGUUGGAAGUUUACCAAAUGACUUUAAUGUGACUCUUCUCAGCGACUGCCCCAAGGAACAAACUGUCUACUCCUCUAAGGGGAUAGGAGAACCCCCACUGUUGUUGGCCAUAACAGUCCACAAAGCUAUCAGGUCAGCUGUGUUAGCUUCCAGGAAAGACAAAGGGCUGACUGAAUAUGUCCAAUUGGAUUGUCCAGUAACAUCGACAAAAGUACUUAAAGUCUGCAGUGACAGUGUCCUAACUUGAAAAAAGUUAAAAGUACUCAAAUUUUGCAAAAAAAGUGUCCUUACUAAAGCCAGGAAUGAAAGUAUUCUUAAUUCCUGUGAGGGGAAUAAAAUACAUGUACAUUGUGUAGUCUAGUGUGGUACUUACUGGAUAUCUAUAAAUGCAUAAUUUUGUUUCUAUUUAGCUGAAAUGUAUACACACAGUAUUUAUGAAACAGGAGUGAAAAGAAUGAUUAUCAAAUUAACUUGUAUACUACAGGUGUAUUUAAUUAUUUUUUUCAAAUAAACAUUUUAUACAG